AUGAAUUGCGCACAAGAUACAGCUUCCAAUUGCCGCUGCAAAUCCGUUCAAAAGUGGUUAGACAACCAUGAAAAAUAUUUUGUGAAGCCCUCAACAUCUGAAGCGAGAGCCACGAGCUCCUUGAUGCAAAAUGUUUCACCUUUCAUCGCCCAUCAAAAUUAUGGUCCACGACAUGUACACUACGGCAUUACUGGAGACAUACAGUUCACAGAUAAACUUAUAAGACUCCCCUACACGAUGCAGCCGCCCUUCAGGAUAUCUCCUGUUCAGCCUCCAAAGCCCUGA